AUGUUCGGUAUGAACCUCUGGGGCAGUGUUGCCCCAGGAGGAGCUUCUCUUACCGACAAGGAGCGCAAUCCGCCGCCCAGGCCAAUACCUCUCGAAUUUCCAAGCUACGUCCCAUUCAAAUGUGGCAGUCCACUAGAUACUCACCAUAUGGAGUCCCUUUCCAAGCACAUUCUAUCAGUUCGCAGACCACUCGACAUUCAGGAUUCUCACCUUGCACAAUUGAACAUUGAGCUGAGGCAGAAUGUGCAACUAGAGGAUAUGAUCCCGGACGAUGGGUUCAAAUCCCGACCAUUUUUAUUCGACGCCGACUUGACCUCAAUGCUCAACGAACUUGGUAUCGAGAAUGAAGAUGCAUACCGAGAGAUCCUACGACUACCGCCCCUAGAGGGCCGAAAGAAACCUCGAUUAGCAUACUCAAGAAACUUUUAUGCCAGUCUGGAAGACAUGUGUCGGUACUGGGAUGACAGCAAAGACAACUACUAUGAGGUGGAAUCAACAGAGGCCGAAGACUCCACCAGCAAAGAUACCACCAGCCAAGAUACCACCAGCCAAGGAGAGAAGAAACAACUUGGAGGACGGCAUGCUCCAGUGAAAGAUGCUCGUCAAGAAAUUCAGACAAAUGUCGCUCAGCCGCCGGUCAUGACGGAAAAUGCAGUUGGGGACACUAUUCAACUGACCGCAGAAACAAUCGAAAUUCCAACGCGUUCCAAGAUGAAGCAGGUAUACAAGGGUGUCCGACUCGGCAACGGUGAGCAAAUGAGCCCCGGUACAAGAGUGGCAGCUAUCAGAAACCUCCUGAAAAUGGCCGUUCACAAGUUCAAUUGCCGUGACUAUGAUGUCCAGCCAAGGGAGCGGUUGAGGAUAGGGAAGAUCAACCUUCCUUCCACAUAUUACAACUUCUGCGUGGCAAGAACGCCUUCUGAUAUCAAGCUUGCGAGAGCGAGAAUGGUUGAGGGACCACUACUGGGUGUGCACUGCAGGACUGAGGUCAGGUUCAAGUCCAGAGACGGCCUACUUGAACCGAGCAGCGAUUUCGUUGGCGAGAAAUACGAUCUCUUCAGAGAAGUCAGCGGUUUGCUGAUGCUUGCGCAGCAGCGUGCUCGGGAAGGGCAAACACCUUCCAACGAACCCACGCCUGAACAGUGGUGGGCAAUCAAGAGUCGAUGGGGUGGCGGCCCUACCAAGUGGGGACAACUUAGUACUGAAGUUUUUGAAGAUGACGACCCUGGUUGGAGUCCAGAAGAGCGGCGCCUGCAGCUGGAAAAGCGUGAAAGAGAGGAAGAAGAGAGGCAGAGAGGGGAUCUGCCCACCGCAACUGAUCUGAAUAAUCUCAAACCAGAGGAUUUGAUCGCAACGAAGCUUGCCGCAAGCAACGACCGGCCGAAGAAGAAAAACAAGAUUGAUGGCGAGAACAACAACAGCAACCACAACAAAGACCGAACGGAGUACAAAGAUGGGAGAAGGCUAAUGUACACGCCGCCACUCCGGCGGAAGUGGUAUCAAGAAUGGGUGAAUGUCCGACCUAACUCGCUUACCUGGGACGAGAAGAUCAUCUAUAAAAGAAUGGGUAUGCCAGAUCCGCGGGAAGGCUGGGACGACGUGUACAUGAUCUCGGGAGCCAAUCAUCAUGCAUGUAUAGUGAAGUUGACUGUGCACAAGAACUAUCUCGAGUGGCUGGAAACAGGCGCCGUCAAGCAGGAUGCCUUGACUCGAACGCGGCAAGACGUGGAUCCAGCGUCCAUGGUCAGAGAAGACCAUAUUCUCUACAUGAGUCGGAGUCGGUGGUACGAUCUUUUUGACACUGAGCAGAGGAUGAACCUGUUGACGGGGAUCUGGAGAGUCCUGUCUUGGAUCAACCGGGACGGAAUACCAAAGGCAGAGUACGACAAGAGGGAGGGGUUGAGAAAGCAGGAGCAGCAACAAGAGCAACCCCAACUGCCUCAAGCGAUGAUCACAUAG